AUGAAUUCGAGAACAACAACAGAAACUAAAAGAGAAAUAUCCGUCAAAGGUGAUCUUAUUGUUGUUAAAACAUGUGAAAAAACAACAACAAUUUUACCGGGAAAGGAUCCGGUUAUAAAAGAAGUAACAAAAGUUGAAGAAUUCGUCGGUGAAGAUGGUUUAAAAAGAUUACCAGAAGAUUUUCGUCGUCAACUUGAAAAUAUUUACGAUAAGAAAACUGUUUCGCCAUCGAAUAAAAUUGCGGUAAAAGAAAAUUUUGCCGAAGAUUGUUUGGCUGAACAUAAUAAAUAUAGGAAAGCUCAUGGAGUACCACCUUUGAUCAUGAGCAUGGAGUUGGUUAAAAUAUGUGAGAAAAGAGUUCGAGAACUUUCCGAAACGGAUCGUUUAACAAAUAAUCCAAAUGCUAAUUAUGGUGAAAGCGUCGGAUGUUUUUGGUCCACGGAUCCAGAUCAUCAAAUAAAUCCUGCUGAACUUAUGUACAGAUGGUAUGCAGAAAGAAAAAAUUACAAUUAUAACGCCGAACCUAGUAAUUUAAAUGCAGGUCAUUUUACUCAAAUGGUAUGGAAAAAUAGUACGGAAUUUGGUAUAGCAGCGGCAAAAAGUAAUUCUAAUAAAAUUUUCGUUAUCGCCGCCUAUCGUGCUCCAGGAAAUUGUAUUGGACAAUUUAAAAACAACGUUUUGCCACCUACGUAA